AUGGUUAAUGAAAAAGUGAAUCCAUUCGACUUAGCUUCGGUUUCUCCUUUAGUCUUAGGAGGUGCAAUACUGAACCAGCAAUAUACAGAUGAGCCAGAAUCCAUUCCACUGGAAGACAUAAUCAAAUACGCAUUUUCGCAUGGUAUCAAUGCAAUUGACACUUCUCCCUACUAUGGCCCUAGUGAGGUUCUUUAUGGUAGGGCACUGUCCAAUUUAAGGAAUGAAUUUCCCAGAGACACUUAUUUUAUAUGCACAAAGGUUGGGCGUAUUGGUGCGGAAGAGUUUAACUAUUCUAGAGAUUUCGUGAGAUUUAGUGUUCACAGAUCGUGCGAAAGAUUACACACUACAUAUCUCGAUUUGGUGUACUUGCACGAUGUCGAGUUUGUCAAAUUUCCAGACAUCUUAGAGGCAUUAAAGGAAUUGAGGACCUUGAAGAACAAAGGAGUUAUCAAAAAUUUUGGCAUAUCAGGCUACCCAAUCGACUUUAUCACCUGGCUUGCUGAGUACUGCUCUACCGAGGAAAGUGAUAUUGGGUCAUUGGAUGCAGUAUUGUCCUAUUGUAACUUGAACUUACAAAACAAUAAGCUAUUGAACUUUCGAGAAAGACUGCUACGCAAUGCUAAACUGAAAAUGGUUUGCAACGCAUCAAUCUUGAGCAUGUCGCUACUAAGGUCACAGGAGACAAGACAGUUUCACCCGUGUUCUCAUGAAUUGAGAGAAUGCGCAUCUCAGGCUGCCAAAUACUGUCAAGAACAAAAUGUCGACUUAGCCGAUUUGGCCACAAGAUACGCGAUUUCGGAAUGGGUAGGAAAGGGACCCGUUGUUCUUGGAGUCAGUAGCAUGGAAGAAUUGAAACUUGCUCUGGAUAAUUACGAAAUUGUGAAAUCGAAUGGCAACAGAUUAUCUUCUAAGGACGGACAACUAGUAGAAUAUAUCCAAAAGAAUAUUUUUAAAGAACAUUUUAAUGAAGAGUGGUCUUCAGGUAUUCCUCAUCCAGAAAUGAUAUAA